GCCCGUGUCCACUUCACGCCUUCUAAAUAAGACGCGUCCAGUUGUGGAUUAUCUGCGUCUGCUGCCACAGAGCUGGAGGCCCCCACCCCCCCGCCACCGGCGCCCGCCUCUCCCUCUCUCCCUGCCUCUGCCUCUCUCUCUCUCCCUCUCUCUCUCUCUCUCUCUCUCUCUCUCUCUCUCUCUCACUGGCAGCAGUGCAGCGAGAGACGGGCUCCUGCUUCUCUCCCGCAGUCCUCUCCACUACUGAACUCUGGGCCUGAAGAAAUGAACAAAAUGAAGAACUUCAAGCGCCGUUUCUCACUGUCCGUGCCGAGAACCGAGACGAUAGAGGAGAAUGAGUUCACAGAGCAGAUAAACCAGCUCAACAUUAGACGGAAUGAAGAUAUGGUACCAAACAGCCUGGGCUUGCACACCUUACACCCGGAGGCCAGUCCAGUGGGCUCAGACCCUCAGGCCCCAUCUCCUACUCAGCUGCACUACCGCAACAAAGUUCAGCACCGUCGAUUCUCCAUGGAGGAUGUCAGCAAGCGGAUGUCUUUGCCUAUGGACAUUCGCCUGCCACCCGAGUUCCUGAAGAAGCUGCAGAUGGAGAGCCCGGAGCCCUGCAAGCCACUUAGCCGCAUGUCUAGACGAGCCUCGCUGUCUGAUAUCGGGUUCGGGAAACUGGAGACCUACGUGAAACUAGGCAAACUGGGAGAGGGCACUUAUGCCACGGUAUUCAAGGGGCGCAGCAAGCUGACAGAAAAUCUGGUGGCCCUGAAAGAGAUCCGUCUGGAGCAUGAAGAAGGAGCCCCGUGUACGGCCAUCAGGGAAGUGUCGCUGCUGAAGAACCUGAAGCAUGCCAACAUCGUUACUCUGCAUGACAUCAUUCACACUGACCGCUGCCUCACACUGGUCUUUGAAUAUUUGGACAGUGACUUGAAGCAGUACCUAGACAACUGUGGAAACCUCAUGAGCAUACACAAUGUGAAGAUAUUUAUGUUCCAGCUUCUCCGUGGUUUAUCCUACUGCCAUAAGAGGAAGAUUCUACACAGGGACCUCAAGCCACAGAACCUGCUCAUCAAUGAAAAGGGAGAGCUGAAGCUGGCCGACUUUGGCCUGGCAAGAGCCAAAUCCGUCCCGACGAAAACCUACUCCAACGAGGUGGUGACCCUGUGGUACCGGCCCCCCGACGUUCUGCUGGGUUCGACGGAGUACUCCACACCUAUAGACAUGUGGGGCGUGGGAUGCAUUCUCUACGAGAUGGCGACGGGGCGGCCCAUGUUUCCUGGCUCGACUGUAAAGGAGGAGCUGCACCUGGUCUUUCGCCUCAUGGGCUCCCCGUCUGAGGAGACCUGGCCUGGGAUUACAGCUAAUGAGGAGUUCAAGUCCUACAUGUUCCCUCAGUAUAAAGCCCAGGCUCUUAUAAACCACGUUCCCAGGCUGGACACAGAGGGCAUUGACCUUCUCUCAGCUCUUCUACUGUACGACACUAAGAAACGGAUCUCAGCCGAGGCGUCUCUGAGACACGCGUACUUCCUCAGCCUGGGCGAGAACAUCCACUCCUUACCAGACACAUCAUCUGUGUUCUCGCUAAAGGAGGUGCAGCUGCAGAAAGACCCCGGCCAUCGCAGCUCUGUCUUUCAGCCCCCAGGCCGGGGCAAGAACCGCAGACAGAGCAUAUUCUAAAGGCUGAUACAGUGAUACAGCCAUCCUAACGAAGAGGAUGCGCAUCGAAAGAACAACAUCACUAUGAAGCAAAUGACUGUACCUGACCCUUCCACGUACGACCUGCCUGCCCGUCUACUGAACCCUCGUCUCAGUGAUACACUCAGCUGAAGACAGGAGACUGGAAGUCUUAACACACACUGACGUCAACUGUAAUCAGCACUACUAACUGUAUUUACCCUGUUUACAUCUGGUCCCUUAAUGCGGUUUGAGUAUCAGGAUUGUAUCUGGAUGUGUUGAAACAACAUAAUAGUGCAGAAAAGUGUGAUCGAACCCAAGACAUACGUAAUUUAUUUGAUCGCUCAAUUCAUACAUGCACCUGAGCCACAUGUUAUAGAAGUGCUAGCUAUGACUAGGGGUGGAGAAAAUAUCGAUAUCACGAUAUAUCGUAUUUUGUUUUGUUUCGUUUGCAAUACUUUAUCGAUACAUGCUGUCAAAUAGCAAUAAUUUUAUUGAACCAUUACUGCAAUUUGAAGUUCAGUUUUGCUUCAUUACUCCACAUGGUGGCGCUAUAAUCAAAUCAAUAGGGUAAACCUAAGGUGAAGGUUAUUGUUUGUGAAAUUCUGUAAAACUGACACCAAAAAAUCAAUAUUUCUUUUAGGAAUAUUUUAAUCUUGCUAUAUACAGCUCUGGAAAAAAAUAAGAGACCACUUAAAAAUGAUGAGUUUCUUUGAUUUUACCAAAUUAAAAACCUCUGGAAUAUAAUCAAGAGGAAGAUGGAUGAUCACAAGCCAUCAAACCAAGCUGAACUGCCUGAUUUUUUGCACCAGGAGUAAAGCAGCAUAAAGUUAUCCAAAAGCAGUGUGUAAGACUGGUGGAGGAGAACAUGAUGCCAAGAUGCAUGAAAACUGGGAUUAAAAACCAGGGUUAUUCCACCAAAUAUUGAUUUCAGAAAACUGAUUUUAAAACUUUAGGAAUAUGAACUUGUUUUCUUUGCAUUAUUUGUGGUAUGAAAGCUCUGCAUCUUUUUUUGUUAUUUCAGUAAUUUCUCAUUUUCUGCGAAUAAAUGCUCUAAAUGACAAUAUUUUUAUUUGGAAUUUGGGAGAAAUGUUGUCCGUAGUUUAUAGAAUAAAACAACAAUUAUAAUUUUUCUUAAACAUAAACCUAUAAAUAGCAAAAUCAGAGAAACUGAUUCAGAAACUGAAGUGUUUUCCUAAUUUUUUCCAGAGUUGUAUUUUGAGUAUCGCAGUAGUAUUGUGAUGUCAUCAUUGUUUUGGGCAAUGUAUCGUGAUAAUAUCAUAUCAUGAUAUGCCCUGUGAUUCCCACCCUUAGUUUAAAUGCAUCUGCAAUAUCUCCAAGACACAUUUGACAACCAAAACUCCUCCCACUACAACCAAAUUCAAUUACAAUUGCUGUGUAGCUAGCUAAUUUGCUUAUUCCAACCCACACAGAAUUUCAAAUUUAGUCUGACUUUAGUCUGGAGUUACUAUUUUCCCACCAAAUAUACAGUAAAAAUCCUAUCAGGAUACAAUCCAGAUACUUGUCUGGAUAAAGUGACCAGGUGUGAACAGGGUGUACGGUUAGAUUCAAUUAGGUUGUUUAAACAGGUAACAGGGUAAAGAAAUUCCUAGCGUCCUUAAAUUUCUGACUCUAUCCUUUUUCCUUAAAGUUCCUUACAGCACUGUUAUCCCAAAACAAAUACUCCAAUUUAUCCAGGCACUGAUUCCAGAACCAGGCAGGUUUCCCAAAAGCAUUAUAGCAAAAAAAAAAUUUCAUUAUUAUUGUUAAUUAGUUUCAAAUUUUCUCCCAAUUUUUUUCCAAUUUAUCUGGCCAAUUGUCCCACCCAUUCAGCUGCUACUCAGCCAAAUAUCCCCCAUCACUAAUGAUGCCUCAACACAAGGAAAGUGAAGACUAGCACAUGCCUCCCCCAAUACAUGUGAGCACCCGAGUAGCAUCACAUAGCUUACACUCGGAGGAAAGCGCAGCAACUGGGUUCUGAUACCUCAGCUCACAGACGCAGCCUUGUGCUGAUUGACAUCACCCUUUGGAGUGAUGAGGGGAAAGACCUCCAUCUACUGUACCCACCCAGAGAAAGCAAGGCCAAUCUCUUGGGGCUCUGGCAGAUGAGGGCAAGAUGCAUGACCGGGAUUCAAGCCAGCAAUCUCCCGAUUAUAGUGGAAGCGCUUUAGACCGCUGGAUCACUGGCACCAUAUACUAUAAUCUUUUAUACUGUGCAACCCCUUUUUAAGAUUCAAGAUUCAAAAUACAGGUUUUUCUUAAAAUGUGAUGUCAAGUUGUUAUGUCUUUAUAUUUAAGAUUAUUUAAAGUAUCACCUCUUGCUUAGAUUAGACAGUUUUGCACAUCUUGGCUGGAUUUUCUCAGUCAGUUUUAUGAGGUAGAGUCAUCUGGAAUUCAGGCUUUCAGUUAACAGCUGUGCUCAACUUGUCAAGAGUUUAUUAUUUUUAUUACUUAAAAUGACUAAUUCUUGCCCUUUUAAUGUGUUCGAGAGCAUUAUUUGUAUUGUAAAAAGGUUGUAAUCCAUAUUAUUGCAAUAAUUACUCAACUAAGUAAAGAAAAAAAUAACUUAAAAAUAGAAUAAAGAAAUAAUGGUCACACUUUCAAAUUUGAGUACAGUUAAAAAUAGCAUCAAAAAUGUUUUGAUGAAACAUGAUUCCUUAUGUGUUCCUUCAUAGUCUGGAUGACUUCAGGAUUAAUUUUCAUUGUAGAAACAAAUAAAGUGCAAACUUUUGACUGGUAGUGUAUAUUGUACAUUUGGUUUGACAUCACACGAUCACAUUUUACAAAAGUUAUACAGAUUUAUUCAUUACUCAUUUUAUAUAAGAUUUUUCCUACAGCCCCUAAAGUGCCGCUUGGUGCUAAAGACGUGGGAAUCAACAGGAUCUUGGUCAAAUAUACUGAGGGGUUGCAAACCCCAGGUUAAGAACCCCUGAUCUAGGAGCGCUGAGUGGUCCAGCAUUGCCACUAUAUUCAGGAGAUCCCUGGUUCGAAUCCCGGUCAUGCAUCUUGCCGUCAGCUGCUGGAGCCCCGAGAGAGCACAACUGGUCUUGCUUUCUCUGGGUUGGUAGAUGGCCCUCUUACCCUUUAUUACUUCUAGGGUGAUAUAGAUCAGAGUGGGACAAUUGGCCUAGCUAAAUUGGGAAAAACAAACCCUCCUUUAUAGGAUUUUAUUUCUUUAUUUUGGACCAAUUUUUUGGGUUAGAAGAUCUGAAGGUCUGGGGCAAACAAAAUAAUUAUGAAAAGCUCCCUACAUGCUUUUCAAAGCACCCUAAAAUGCUUUUGGGGAAACUGGGCCUAGAUCAGUAGUCUGUCAUCUGGCAUAAUGUCGCUGUCCAAUGAAAAACAAGUAUCUUGGAAACAGCAACUUUACAGGAGAAGCCAAUGUAAAAAGAGUUUAUUUCAAGUCAUUUUAAAGUAUUUCUAUUGGUCCGUUCAUCAAGAAAUUUUAGCAGAGUGUGAGGGACAGUUUGUCUGUUCAAAUUAUCUAGUAAACUAAAAACUGACAAAAAUGGAGAUACUUGUUUUUCAUUGGACAGCGAUGAUAUAUGAUCUGAUAUAGAAUUGUAAGUGAAAUUGCCCUGGAAAGCUGCAUUAAACCUGAUAUUACACAAUAUUAAAAAAAAUACAAUAACAACUACUACUACUACAGUGUUAUGACCAAAAAAAUAGGUUUGUCCCUUUGAAAAAUGAUAGACAGGGAUGACUGGCUUAAUCCAACAAAAAAAAAAGUAUUUUUCUUAAAUGUAAUGUAGUUUGUUCAGGUUCUCUGCUGUUAACUUCAGUAUAAUAGUGAGUGUACACUGACCAGCCAUAACAUUAAAACCAUUCACAGGUGAAGUAAAAACAUAGAGUAUCUGGUUAAACUAAUUUGAUAACAACAAAAUGACUUGAUGACUAGACUUUUGAUGAUAAUUAGCUAACCAUUUACAGUGAGAGGGCUCAAACUUUGGGGGAUCUGCCUAUUGAUGGGCCAGGUGUCCACCAUUCUGUCAUUGAAAAGCACGGUCGCCGGCAUUGCUAACAUGGCGUUAACAACAUUGGAUGAACCUGGUCGUUGGCAUUGCCGGCAUUGCUAAAGUUGUGUAAGUGAUGUUGGACGAGCCUGGUUGAUAGCAUUGCUAAAGUGGCAUUGGCAAUGUUGGCCGAGCCUGGUUAAUAGCAUUGCUAAAGUGGCAUUAGCAACGUUGGCCGAGCCUGGUUGCUAACACUGUUAACGUUGCAUUAGCGAUAUUGGCCAAGCCAGGUCGAUGGCAUUGUUAAAGUCGCAUUAAGAAUGUUGGAUAAUUUAAUGUUGGACAACCCAGCUGUAAGCAUUGCUAACAUGCCGCUAACAACAAUGUGCAUCCCGGUCGCCGGCAUUGCUAACGUAAUGUAAGUGAUGUUGGACGUGUUGGUUGCUAGCAUUGCUAACACAGAUUUAGAAAUGUAGAACUAGCCUGUUCACUGGCAUCAUUGAUGUGGCAUUAGCAAUGUUAAGCAAGCCUGUUUACUGGUAUUGUUAAUGUGGCAUUGGCCACAUUGGAUGAGCCUGGUCACUGGCAUUGCUAACACGUUGCUAACAACGUUGCUAACGAUGUGGUGGAAGCGACAUUGGCUGAGGCUGGUCUUUGGCAUAGCUAAUGUGGCGUUAGCGAUGCUAGCUAUUUUAGAUGAGCCUGGUUUUGUUAUUGCUAACGUGGUGUAAGUAUCAUUGGACCAGGCUGGUCCCUGACAUCUCUAACACAGCAUUAGAUAAGCUGUGUAAAGCUGGUUUUGUAAACAUGGCAUUAGCUAUGUUGGCCGGGCCUGGUCACUGCCAUAGCUAAUGUGCUGUAUCAUUGGACCACCAUCGUCGCUGGCAUUGCUGACUUGGAGUAAGGCAUGUUGGCCAAGCCUGGUCGCCUGGUUGCUGGCAUUGCUAAUGUAAUGUAAGUGAUGUUGGAUGUGUUUGGUUGCUGGCAUUGCUAACACAGACUUAGAAAUGUUGGACUAGCCUGUUCACUGGCAUCAUUAAAGUGGUUUUAGCGACGUUAGGCGAGCCUGGCAUUGGUAAUGUGGCAUUAGCCACAUUGGAUGAGCCUGAUUGCUGGCAUUGCCAAUGUGGCGUUAGCAGUGUUGGACGAGGCUAGUGCCACUGACAUUGCUAACAUGGUGAAAGCGAUGUUGAAUGAGGCUGGUCCCUGGCAUGAUGUGGCCAUAGUGAUGUUAGAUGAGCCUGGUUGUUGGUAUUUCUAAUGUUGGUUUUGUUACCAUGGCAUUAGCGAUGUUGGUCGAGCAUGGUGGCUGCCAUAGCUAAUGUGGUGUAAGUACCAUUGAACCGACCUGGCCACUGGCCUUGCUGACAUGGCGUUAGCGACGUUGGACCUGGUCCAAAUUAAGCAACGUCAUGAAUGAAAAUAGAAACUGUACCAUGCUAAUGGGUCCACAACGGCACAGAUCGGUACGGCACAGCCUUAGUAACAAUUUGGCCCCGCAGUGUUGAACCAACUGCAUGGAGGCUCCACUUCAAAACUGAAAUGACUUGAAAGAUCUGGUCUUUGUGCACCUUCAGAGGUCUCCUCAUUGGUUUAGAGACAUUUUGGCGUCACAAGAGAUGCCUGCACAAUAUUAGGAGGUGGUUUAAAGGUGUUUUUAAUGUUAUGGCUGAUCAGUGUAUUAUGUUUGUAUCUCUAGAUGUUCUUGAUGUACAGGAACUCCUUGUACUUGAAUUUAGUACUUGAAAUGAAUACCUGAGCUAUUAGCGUAGGCUCAUAUACGCUAAACUUCAGACACCUGAACACCAUCUAUCCAAGAAUUUCAUUCUGACAGUUUCUUUAUUCAAAAUACAUUUGUGAAAAUUAAAAAAAAAAAAAACACCAGGUUUUGACAUUCCUCCAGAUCAGCCGCUCCGCUGAUCAGUCAGGUUGUGAGCCAUUGUUUUUAAGGUAGUAUUAUCUGAACACUGUCACUUUGUGAUUUUACCUCAGAGAUGAAUAUUUUCCUCAAGCAUCUAAAGGUGCCUUGUAAAUCAGAUAUGGUGAUGGGUCCAACAUUACGUUUCUGAAGAUAAAUAUACUGUUCUGAUAUUCUUUAUGAUGAAGAAUAUCUCGUCCCUCGUCAGUGAUUGCACACAAUCUAAUGUUCGGUAUGAUGAAGUGCUCUACUGUUUUUGCACAUUGUAUCAAAGUGUCCUCUUAAGAUCCUUACUUAAUUCUUUUUGGUCCUAUUGUUGUUUACCUGCCCCGUUCCCAAACCCCCGCUCCCUCCCGUAACAAAUGCUGCCUUCGAGUCCUGUCUCUGAAAUAUCGUAUUUAUGAGAUGAGUGCACAUAAACACCACCAAACACUCAUUUAUGAGUUGGGGGUUUAACAAUACAACCUGCUGAUUUAACAGCAACUGCAGUAAAAAAAAAACUGAUAUAUACAUUUUACUGGGUCAUUCUCUGAAUCGGAUGCCCUUUAUGUCCCCUAACCUGAGAGACAGAAUGCAAAUAAUUUUUUACCUAAAUGAAUAAAUGAUAGUAAACAAUUGUUUAGAGGAAUUGUUUUAUAUGUUUCAUAAUGUUCUACAUACCAUAUGGUACUACUGUCUUAGCUAAAUAUGGAAUCAUGGCUACCAUUAUUCAACAAAUUAAACGCCAUCACACUCAACCCCAUCACACUCAACCCCAUCACACUCAACCCCAUCACAUUCAAGCCUGUCACAUUUAAUCCCAUCACACUCAACCCCGUCACAUUCAACCCUGUCACAUUCAACCCCGUUACACUUAACCCCGUCACACUCAACCCAAUCACAUUCAAGACCGGAACAUUCAACCCUGUCACAUUAAACCCCGUUACACUUAACCCCGUCACAUUUAACCCCAUCAGGGGUUAAUAACUUUUUACCUAAAUGAAUAAAUGAUAGUAAACAAUUGUUUAGAGGGAUUGUUUUAUAUGUUUCAUAAUGUUCUACAUACCAUAUGGUACUACUGUCUUAGCUAAAUAUGGAAUUAUGGCUACUAUUAUUCAACAAAUUAAACGCCAUCACACUCAACCCCAUCACACUCAACCCCAUCACAUUCAAGCCUGUCACAUUUAAUCCCAUCACACUCAACCCCGUCACAUUCAAGCCUGUCACAUUUAAUCCCAUCACACUCAACCCUGUCACAUUCAACCCCGUUACACUUAACCCCAUCACACUCAACCCAAUCACAUUCAAGACCGUAACAUUCAACCCUGUCACAUUAAACCCGUCACAUUCAAGCCCGUCACACUCAACCUCAUUACAUUCAAGCCCAUAACAUUCAACCCUGUCACAUUCAACCCCGUCACACUUAACCCCAUUACACUCAACCCCAUCACAUUUAAGCCCAUAACAUUCACCCCUGUCACAUUAAACCCGUCAUAUUCAAGCCAGUCACAUUUAACUCCAUUACACUUAACCCCAUCACAUUCAAGACCAUAACAUUCAACCCUGUCACAUUAAACCCGUCGCAUUCAAGCCUGUCACAUUCAACCCCGUCACAUUAAACCCUGCCAUAUUUAACCUCAACAUAUAAAACCAUGUGACAUUAAACUUUGUGACAUUCACACUCAACCAUGUCUUACUUAACCCCAUCCCAAUCCACACACUCCACACACAAGCACCAUCUCGUUGAUACCCGUCACUUUAAACCCCAUUAUAUUUAACCCCUUUCACACUCAAACCCUCCACAUUCAGCUUUGUCACAAUCAACCCCGUGACACUAAAUCUCCUAACACUCAACCUCAUCACACUCAACCCCUUUACACUCAACCCUGUCACACUCAACUCCAUAACAAUAAACCUCGUAACACUCAACCUCAUCACACUCAACCCCUUUACACUCAACCCUGUCACACUCAACCCCGUAACACUAAACCCCAUAACACUCAACCUCAUCACACUCAACCCCUUUACACUCAACCCUGUCACACUCAACCCUGUAACACUAAACCCCAUAACACUCAACCUCAUCAAACUCAAACCCUUCACAUUUAGCUUUAUCACACUCAACCCCGUAACUCUAAAGCCCAUAACACUCAACCUUGUCACACUCAAACCCUUCACAUUUAGCUUUGUCACACUCAACCCCAUAACACUAAACCCCAUAACACUCAACCUCAUCACAAUCAAUCCCCGUCACAUUCAACCCUGUCACACUCAAUCCCCGUCACACUCAGCUUUGUCACACUCAAUCCUGUCACAUUUAACCUUGCCACACUCAACACCAUCACACUCAACCCCUAUGAUCAUGCCUGUGGUGGGAAAAGUGAGAACUAAUCAACUAUCAAAUGAAAUUAUAAAAAAAUGUAUAUUUAUACAGGAUAAAAAUAUUGCUCACUCACUUUCAUAUGCUUUUCUUUAUUACUUCACUUUACUUGCAGUAAUUAAAAAUAUAUUUGUCUAUAUCUCAGUUGUUCCAGGUGUUUCAGGGUGUUUGAGUUGUUUCAGGCCAAAACCAAUUAAACAGAAACCUCUUUAAAAUCUCUUACGAGCUCGUAGGUCAUAAGUACGAACUUUCAGGUUCCAGACUCGGGGGCAGCAUUCUCCCUGCCUUAGGCCUGCAGUUAAAGCACUGCGUUUCUAGUGAAAGCCAUUGAGUGCGGCGAGUCGUAGUGGUGUUGUGUUAGUUUUGUUUUUUGAGUUGUUUUAGUUGAACAACAGCGAAACUGCUGAAAAGAAUGCACUGUAUCUCAACAGCCACCAGGAGGCAGGAUGCAUCAAAAGGUUAAACUACCAUGAACAAAGGUAGUAAAGAGUGUGUGUGUGUGUGUGUGUGUGUUUGUGUGUGUGUGUUAUGGAGUCAAAAAAGGGUCAUAAAGAUGCAGUUGUUUAAACGCAGUUACAAGUUUCAGUACAUUUGUGACUUCUGUUUUACAAACUCAAAAUCUUUAUGACCCUUUUUUGACUCCAUAGUGUGUGUGUGUGUGUGUGUGUGUUUGUGAGAGAGAGAGAGAGAGAGAGAGAGAGAGAGUGUACUAUAGUAAUACACUUCACCCCAACUUUGAAUUAGUUUAGUUUUAGCGAAACUGCAACAGAGAUUCCUCUCCAGAUCUUCUAUAUGUGAGUUUUGUGGUAAAUUUAAAAGAAAUAAAAAAGUAUUUUAAAUAAUGUAUUGGACAGAAUUAAUAUAUAUAAAUAUAAAUAUAUAUGUAUUUUAACAAGUGUCUUCUUUAUUCGCAGUGAAUUUUUGCCAGACAAAUUGAGAUGACUGUAUUAAAUGACUUUAGAUGAUGUCUAAAUGUUUUAUAAAAGAUUUAGAUUUUUGUAUGAGAUGUGAUAUUAAAUAUUUUGUGUGAUAUGUCUAUUCUAUUUCCAUAUACUGAAGCUGAAUGUAUUGUGAGUGCUGAAAAAUAAAAAAGAAGCCAAAAGUGAUUGAAUAAUUAAUAACUAAAUAAAUUAUAAACCUCCAUAUUGAACGCC